CUCAACAAACCAGAAGCACUCACCAAUUCGGUCUCUCUUUUCUUUUAAGUCCACAGCCAUAGACGCCAUAACAGAUAAGCCCAACGAUGGCACCCCUUCAAGAAAACGCCAUCCGGCAACCUCUUCUUCAACCACAAACUUCGGGCAUGAAAUCGGAGACGACGAGUUCGGAUCUGGAGAAUGUUUUGUCGGACGCUAACCUUUCCUUGUUCGAGCGUUUGGGGAAAGCAACAUGGAUCGAGUCGAAGCUCCUUUUCCACUUGGCAGCACCGGCUGUUAUCGUAUACAUGAUCAAUUAUCUCAUGUCUAUGUCCACCCAAAUCUUCUCCGGCCACCUCGGUAAUCUUGAACUCGCCGCCGCCUCCCUCGGAAACACUGGCAUCCAAGUCUUUGCUUACGGCCUCAUGUUAGGAAUGGGGAGUGCAGUGGAAACGCUUUGCGGACAAGCCUUUGGAGCACACAAAUACGAUAUGCUAGGCAUAUAUCUUCAAAGAUCCGCAGUUCUCCUUACCUUAACGGGGAUUCUUCUUACAAUCAUCUACGUAUUCUCUAAACCAAUCUUGAUAUUACUGGGUGAAUCCCCAGAAAUUGCUUCCGCAGCUGCGGUUUUCGUAUAUGGUCUAAUACCCCAAAUCUUCGCGUACGCCAUAAAUUUCCCGAUACAAAAGUUUCUGCAGGCUCAGAGCAUAGUGGCCCCUAGUGCUUAUAUAUCCACAGCCACAUUAAUCAUACAUCUACUGGUAAGUUGGUUGGCUGUGUAUAAAAUGGGGCUUGGUUUGUUCGGUGCGUCGUUGGUGUUGAGCUUGUCGUGGUGGGUCGUGGUGGUAGCUCAAUUUGUGUACAUAGUUAAAAGCGAUAAGUGCAAAUAUACAUGGAAUGGGUUCAGUGUUCAAGCCUUCACUGGUCUGCCGGGAUUCUUCAAGUUAUCGGCGGCGUCGGCGGUGAUGUUGUGCUUGGAGACUUGGUAUUUUCAGAUUCUGGUUCUGCUUGCAGGGUUGCUUGAGAACCCAGAACUGGCUCUGGAUUCACUCUCCAUUUGCAUGACGAUAUCUGGGUGGGUGUUUAUGAUUUCUGUCGGAUUCAAUGCGGCAGCAAGUGUAAGAGUUGGGAACGAGCUGGGAGCGGGGCAUCCAAAAUCGGCGGCGUUCUCGGUGGUGAUAGUGACGGUGUUUUCAUUCAUAAUAUCGGUGGUGGCGGCGAUAAUAAUAAUGAUUCUACGACACGUGCUUAGCUACGCCUUCACGGAAGGUGAAGUGGUGGCGGAGGCUGUUUCAGAUCUGUGUCCGCUUCUAGCAUUAACUCUCAUCCUCAAUGGAAUUCAGCCAGUCUUGUCUGGUGUGGCCGUGGGGUGUGGAUGGCAAGCAUUUGUGGCGUACGUGAACGUGGGUUGCUAUUACGUUGUUGGGAUUCCAUUGGGUUGUCUUCUUGGUUUUUACUUCAAUUUGGGUGCCAAGGGGAUAUGGACAGGGAUGAUCGGAGGCACAGCCAUGCAAACCCUCAUCCUGAUUUGGGUCACAUUUAGAACAGACUGGAAAAAGGAGGUCGAAGAAGCUCGACAGAGAUUGGAUAGAUGGGAAGAUAAGCAGCAGCAGCCACUUUUGAAGUAGACAUCUCCAUGCCCUCAUUAAUCCCAACAAUUUCCCAUCGAUCGACUUUUCUCCUUCAAAACGAUGAAGCAUAAUUUGAUACCCUUAAUUACCUGCAUUCCAUGCAUGAUCAUUAUGUACUGUACUUGCCAUUUCUCUAUCGAUAUAAAGAAGAAACCAUGCAACAAAAGAAACAUUUAUCUGCACAAAUGGUACAAAGGCAUA